AUGUCCACAACGCGUAAAUGUAUAUAUGUUUGUUGCAUGUCAGAAUUGUGUGUUUCUUGCUCGCGGCCCCUGGCAACAGGGGGGAUUCCAGGCUCGAGCCGCUCUUAUGUACAAGCUACGCGUCAGCUGCACUUGCAUACCGUCAUGAUCUUUAAUCGGCUUCUUCUGGUAAUUCCACUUGUUGUGGCAAGAACGGUGGACAGGAUCGUCGCGACGUGGAAGCAACCACCACAGAAAGUGCCCACCCCUGGCGUCCCUGACGGCCCCCUCUUGGGCAACGGCCGCUUGGGUGCCGUGGUGUCGUUUUCCUCAGGCCUCAAUGGCAGCCACCCGGUCGCUGCAGAAGUUGCAUUUCACAUGGGGCACAACUCGUUUUUUGCAGCUCCCACCUCCAAUGUCUCGUCAUGCGGAUACACAGACAUCACACGAGGCGGCAGGAAAGCGCUGGGAGGACUUCGAUUGCGUUUUCGAGGUGCUCAUCUCAUUGGAGUUCCGAGGCUUUUUCCAAGAAAUGGCACUUUCGUUGCAAUGCUCCUGGGUGAAGCUGGACUUGUGAGGUUGACUGCUUUCGUGCAUGCCACGGAGGACGUCCUUCUGGUGAACCUGACCGGCCCCUCUGCAAAGGUCGACGUCAGCGUGUGGACCUAUACAGGCUGUAGUGGUGCACCCAACCCAAAGGCAGCGGGGACAGACCGAUUGCCGACCUCUGCGGCUGCCAGCUCAGAGAUGCUCCAGGUGUCGAGAGCAGAUGGAUGGGAGUAUCAGGCACGGGGAUAUAAAGUCCGAGAGUUUCACUUGAUUGCUCGGACUGGCAGUCUGGCGAAUGCCCACGCCUCUGAGAGCUGUGAAGGGCUGGAGGGUCCCUGCUCCAUGGGCACGCUUGUCCUGCGGGGUGCCGCCGCUGUCUCGUUAGAUAUGCUGGCCAUAAAGCUCGGCGCAAGGCCCAAGAGCCCGCCGUCCCACUGCUGGUCGCAGCUGGAAGCUGCGCAUCGUGAGGUGUGGGCAGCAUUUUGGAGCAAAUCCUUCAUAAGGAUACCGGCAUCACCGGUCACGGAGUUCUUUUGGUACAUGAGUCAGUACAUUCUGCGGAUUUCUUCCAUGGGUGAUGCCAGUCCUGGCUUGUUUGGUCCAUUUGUCACUGACGACCAGGUUAACUGGAUGGGUGACCUCACUUUGAACUAUAAUGCAGAGGCCACCUACUACGGCACCUGCUCUUCGAAUCACUUGGAGACCUUAGAACCAUACAUCCAAACCAUUCUGGACUUCCUGCCUGCUGCCAAAGUCCUGGCGCAAGGCCAAUUUCCGCAAUGCCCGAACGCAGUCUACUUUCCGGGCCACAUUCUCCCCUACGGUGUUACCACCGCCGACAAUGGGGACAUGGGUCAGCGACAGAUGGGCAUCUUUGCGGCACUUCCCCUGAUCCUCUACUGGCGCUACACCAGCGAUCCAGCCUUUGCCGCGCGAGUUCUGCCGUUGUUUGAAGGCCUGGCACAGUUCUGGGACUGUGCCUUGACGAAAACCCAAGAUGAUCGGCUCCACGACCUCGUGGAUUGCGCGGAAGAGCUCUGCUCGCCGGAUGGGCAGAAUCAACCAGACCCCACGGUGACCUUGUCCAUUCUUCCGGGAUUCUUCGAUGCAGCCGCAGACAUGGCAGCUUCACUGGGGCGGCCGGCGCAUGUCCAGUAG